AUGGAAGGAGGCUUCUUUGUGGUGGGCAUGAAGCUGGAGGCCAUUAACCCUCUAAACCUGGGCAACAUCUGUGUGGCCACUAUACACAAGGUAACAGGAGUUCGCUAUAAUGGCUACUUCUAGCUAGCAGACUAGUGAUUCAACCUGAUGAAACAGGUCUCUUUCUCUCUCAGGUGCUGUUGGAUGGCUACCUCAUGGUGGGCAUUGAUGGCACAGAUGUGUCAGGUGAUGGGUCUGACUGGUUCUGCUACCACGCUUCCUCCCAUGCCAUUCUACCCAAGGGAUACUGCCAAAAUCACAACAUACAGCUCACCACUCCCUGGUAAUAUCAUACUCUCUCUCCCCUACUUUCUCGCUCUCUUCCUAUUUCUUGUUGCUCUGGUUUACUUUUUGGGGCAAACACCACCUGCUUGGUGAAUAUAUGAUAAGAAUGAAGUGAGUGGUUCCCCAUGCUGUGUCAUAUCCCUUACACCAGUGGGAUAUUCAUCUUCUCCACCAGGCUAUGACUGGAAAAUCUUCACCUGGGCCAAAUACCUGGAGGAGAAUGGAACCAUAGCAGCACCAGUAUGGCUCUUCAACACGGUAACAGCGCUUUUUACCUACCAAGUAUCAUACAGGUGCCCAGCUUACAGUAUUUUGGCUUAUUCGUACUCAAAGAGAGGUUUGGGAAACACUAUUCUAAUUCUGCAUCUAUGGUGUGCGUGUGUUCUACAGGACAGCUCGGGUCACGGCUUUGCUCAGAACAUUAAGUUGGAGGCAGUGGACCUGGUGUGCGUGGCCACCGUGAGGCGCUGUGUGGGCUGGCUGCUGCACUUUGAUGGCUGGGAGCCAGACUUUGACCUGUGGGUGGACAUCCAGUCACCAGAUAUCUACCUUGUGGGCUGGUGUGAGGUCACCGGAUACAAGCUCCAGCUACCCACUGGACCAGGUAAGAACUGA